CGUGGGUUUUGUUUUGCGGAUGGCGGAGCCGGAGCGGUUCCGCAGCCAGACUGAGACCGGGAGUCCCGGCGGGGCCCCGGCCCUGGAGCUCGUCCCGACUGGCGGCAAAAACAGAGGCAAAGCCGCAGGUCCUCGACGUAGGGUGGCGAAUCAGAUUCCUGAAGAAAUCCUAAAUGACAGAGAGCUUCAGGAGGCGGGGCAUGUGCUGCCCAAUAACUACAACUUUGAGAUCCACAAGACUAUCUGGAAAAUAAAACAAGCAGAAGCUAAGAGAGUCGCUCUGCAGAUGCCUGAAGGACUCCUGAUGUUUGCCUGCGUGAUUGCUGAUAUCAUUGAAAGGUUCACAGGAGCAGACACGCUGAUAAUGGGUGAUGUCACCUACGGAGCGUGUUGUGUGGAUGACUUCACAGCCAGAGCUCUUGGAGCUGACUUCAUGGUGCAUUAUGGACACAGCUGUCUCGUUCCAAUUGACGCCACAGCUGGAAUCAAAAUGCUCUACGUGUUUGUCGAUAUUAAAAUCGAUGGCGUGCACUUCAUCGACACUGUUCGAUUCAACUUCCCCAAGGGCUCGUCACUCACUCUGGUCAGCACCAUCCAGUUUGUGGCUGCGCUGCAGUCCACCAGCCAGGAGCUGCAAUCGGAAUACAACAUCUGUGUCCCGCAGUGUAAACCACUGUCGCCGGGUGAAAUUCUGGGUUGUACCUCCCCACACAUUGAGAAACCGAUGGAUGCCAUCAUUUACCUUGGCGACGGGCGUUUCCACCUGGAAUCCAUCAUGAUCGCGAACCCUCGUGUCCCGGCCUACAGGUAUGAUCCUUACAGCAAAGUCCUCUCCCGUGAGUUCUACGAUCACCAGGCGAUGCAGGCAAUCAGGAAGGAUGCAAUAGCAACAGCUGCAAAGGCAAAGAUGUGGGGCCUGAUUCUAGGAACACUUGGGCGGCAAGGAUCCCCCAAGAUCAUGGAGCAUUUGGAAUCUCGGCUCCAGGCUCUCAAAGUGCCGUACGUCACUGUCCUGUUAUCCGAGAUCUUCCCAGACAAACUCCGGCUUUUCCAAGAAGUGGAUGCGUGGGUGCAGGUCGCCUGUCCGAGACUUUCCAUCGACUGGGGAAAGGCUUUUCCCAAACCCCUGCUCACGCCGUAUGAGGCAGCUGUAGCCGUCAAGGAGAUCGAGUGGCAGCAUCAAUAUCCAAUGGACUUUUAUGCCAACCAGUCACUCGGUCCGUGGACCGUCAACCAUGUGACCCACCAACCCCUAAGGAGGACGAGGAAGGCUGUAGAGGGCAAGCCAGCGGGGAGACAGCCAUCAGCCACAACAGACAUGUGUGCAGACUGCGGCUGUCAGCAAGAGAAGGUGGACAGGAAUCAACCCAAGGAACAGCUUCUCCCUCCAAAGCAGUGACACAGCGAGUAUGAGCCUGGGAACUGAGGGAACUCCACAGGAAGGGAGGCUAAUGCAGCAGAAGGAAUGAAGUGAAGAUAAACUCAGGCAUCCUAUAUCACCCAAGACUCUGGGACAGUUCAGCUUGACUUGAUGUUCAUUCAGCCCUGUUUAAUGGUGGAUGCAAAGCUUACACAUUGUGAGAGUUCCAGCCUUUCUAUUUGAGGGAUCCUCACAUUCCUACUGUCAGGUGACAGCUGAAAAUAACCAAAGCCAACUUUUGGAAGGACUAUGGUGGGGGUGGGGCUCACUGUAACUUGCAAUAAAAUGGAAAUAAAUUGGAU